GACUCGGGGCAUUCCUUCGCCAUAUGGUCCUCGGAGCUAGUGCGGUCAGCAUCAAUUCGAUGAAGGAGAAGGACGAUACUCACUCGCAGUUGCGGCAACCCUUGGGGCCGCCUCCGCUAGGGCAGUCCUUGGCGAAAUGCCCCAUCGUGUUGCAGCGGCGGCACUCGACGUUUGCGGCAGAGCGUUCUUCGGUGCAGUCGGCGGCACGGUGACCUUCCUUAUUGCAAUUGCGGCAGACGUUUGGGUUGACGCGCGGCUUCUUGCAGUCUGGAGCCGACUGGUAAGAGUUUGCUUCAGAAUGGUGGAAGCCGGAACAAACCUCGUGCACGGUGACCCUCCUCCUCGCAGAUAUAGCAAAAUACCUUGGCCUGCUGGUGUUCGGGCUCCUCCCGCUCCUUCUUGCAGUACUUCGCCGGGUGGCCGAGUUCUUCUGCGGGUUAGCCGUUGGCUCCUCGGGGAGAGAGCGAUGCCAUACCUCCGCAAUUGUGGCACUUGGUCACGCCGCGAUCGACCACAAAUCCGGAGUUCGGGAGCCGCUCGAGGUUCUCCUCGGGGGUCUUUGGCCAGACCUUCUUCGACUUCGGUCGGACGCAGUCGGCGCUGCGCUGGAACGUGAGGAGGUAUUUGAGGUUGGAGCGACCGUCGGGACCGACGAUGAUGUUGGUGUCGCGAGUAUUGAGCGUCCACAUUCCCUUAGUAAUGAGGAAUGGUGGAAUAGUGGAUAGAACUCACGAGCGC